AACCCGACCCGGGUAGCAGUGAACGGAACGUUUAUUUAUUGCUUGUCUGGGGCUACGUGAGACGGUGGUGAAAGUGCGUGUUACAUUUACCGAGUGAAAGUUAAACUCCCCCUGGAUCUGAAACCUUAUAAAAAAUUUAGGAAAUGAGUAACGUCACUGGUUUCGAAGUGCCUCAGAUUGUAACCCCCCAACGCUACACGUUACUCCAAGUCUUGAGGAAACAGACCAAUUUAAAAUGCCUAAUUCUAACGAGUCUAAUUGCCGCGGUACUUUCAACCAUAACCUGGUGUCGGAUGACGACCGUGACCAAGAUACACAUCGACUAUGACGCAUUUCCCAUUACUCGAGAGCAUCAAACCACAGCCUGUGCAGACUUUACCUUUAUCCUUCCGGCGUCAUUCGUCCUCAUGUUGUACGGUCUGUAUCAAGUGGAAUGCUGGCAUUGCGAUGUUUGGACCAUGUUGCGAAAGCCCAAGUACCUAACCACAGACGCUUACACCCUUUUGUCGACAUUUUCUCGCUCUCUUCCCCGCAUAUCUUGGAAGGCGUCGUCGUAUCACUAUGUUCGCCGAAUGCGAGUCAUAUCUCGAACUCACCAAGGGCACAAAGUCCCCUCCACGCAAAUCUACUAUGAACGCGUCACCACAGCUCAGGACGAAGCCGCUUUUUACUUUGGAUGUUGCGGUGUGGGUGAUUUGACGCCAAACUUGGUCGGCUUAGAAGAUCACCUCGCCACCAAAAUCAAGUUCACGACGGCCUUUCUGUUUACGAAUAAGCACGUCCAGGAUGAAUUUGAGGAGCAGAGAAACUCAUUUUUCCAGGACCACCGCCGUCUCGACGACUAUCUCUCCAUGCAGGAAACGUUCACCCUUCGUUCUGCACAUCAUAGAACGGAAGAUGAGUGGUGGUCACCUGAAAUGACGACGUGGUCAGGCCAGCAUAACCACACCCACCGCAAGACCACCUGCUCCUCCUUUAUUUCAUCCAGGUUCGCCUUCUGGGUUGCAAACUGCCUCCUCCUCUCCUGGCCUUUUCGUCUCAUUCUCAACCUCAACACGGCUCACUGCCAGGUUCAGGUGACCAAGUUGUUCGGGACGAAUUACGUUAUGAGGGAAAGUCAGAGACAACCUUCUCCUCGAGUAACAGAUCGAAACAGACCUAGAUUACUGUUGGGAAGGGGGGAUUUUCUGUUGGAGAAGGAUUUAUACCCGGAUGGAAUUAUGGGACCACUGUCAAGAAGUGUGACCUUCGUCAAGGCGGCAGAAACGCCAGGAUCACUGGAUGGGCGAAACCUGUAUUAUCUCGCCCCAUCAUAUUCACAAGCUCUCCUAUUCAGAAACGAGGAAGAGGAACAGCAACAACUGCCCAGUUACGACCAAGCCUUAGGUGUUACAAGAAGCACAACUCGUGGCCAAGUUGAGACGACACAGCUUUAAACUUACUCACCUUCAAAUUCUUGGCUAAAAAGAUGUGGCGGCGAAGGCCCCCUGAUCGGUUCGCUUAACUCGUUCACCGGUGGAGCGUCAGACUACGGUGCGGCACAUCGACGCAGGAGAGAAGAUCGCUUGGAAGAUAUGGCAUUAGUUAAAAAAUCGUCGAAAAGUAAAACAAAAAAAGGUAACAAGACGAAAACUAAGGUGGGAACAAUUUCUUAAAAACUUACAAAUGGACAAAAACAAGUCGUGUUCCAUAUCAUGAAAAAUAUAGUUACCAAAAUCUUACUUAUAUCUUAAAAAGCCUGCCUGCGAGGGAUAAGUGUGCGUUGUAGACCAGUUAUUUACGUGUAGCUAAUCCCGUUUUAAUUGCUCAAUCAAUCCAGCAUUUUACGUUUAUGUAAUUGUGCAUAAAUUUAAUCUUUUUUAAAUAUCAUUGCCAGACCCAAAGAAAAAUUAGAUUUAUGCGAGAAAUACCAAAGAUUGUAUAAAAUAAUAUACAUAAAUAUAUGAAGAGUCAGAGUUAGAGAUGACAAAUAUUCACACAGAAAGCCCUACCACUGCAACUACCUCGAUCAUCCUUAAAACUGCUAAUUACUGAAUAGUCGUCUAUGUUAUUGGAAACUUUAGUAAUUAAUUAGUCCAAAUAAUUAUAUUUAGAUUAGUAUCAAAAUUAAUGAAGACAUUCGUAAUUAGGGGAUAAGUACUUUAUCUAGAAUUACUGAAAUACAACUAAAAAAAUAUUUUAAUUAUUUAUUAUACUUUUAUCAUCAUUAUUCUUGUUACAUCUCCUGAAAUUUAUCAGAAAUACAGAUACCUUAUCCAAAUAUGUCUUAUCAUGAGGAAAUGAACCAAUUAAAUAAAUACUCGAUAUAGCUAAAAUUUCCCUA